AUGGCCGAGGCUGCUUCGAUCAGCACCCGCGAUGUUCAAAAUCUAGUCAAUGGCGAUAUCAAGGGUGACCAGAUAACAAGGGAUAAAAUCGGGGGUGACUACGUCACAGGAGACAAGUUCAUAGUCGAGAUACACAACAUUUCUUCCAAUUUGCCAAUAGCUAGCCAGCAUCUUGAUAAGAAUAAAGAAACUGCAAUCCACGGAGACCGCCAAAGGAUAUUACAGCUUCUUUGCAGCCUGCUUCAAGCAGAACUGCAGGGCACGCGCCUCAUAGCGGGCAAUGAAGGGAUCCGCGCCUUGGAAAAGUUUCAUACAUUGCACUACAUCGGUACUCUCGACACAAGAAAAAGCGGGUGCGAAAUGCGCUUCUCGGAUAUUUCACCGGUCAUCGCCACAUCUGCGCUGGGAGACCACAAAGCAACUCUUCACGCCUAUGCCUCGAUGCGCAAAAUCCGUCAGCGGAAUGAAAGCAUUCAAUUGAAUAUUUUGCGGGACUCUCCACGGCUGCAACAAUGGAUAGUAGAGCCGUGUUCGUCGCUGGCCUUCAUCAAGAGCUCCUUUGCUACGCGUCACGCUCUGAGGGACUUUGCCGCUGAUAUCAUCCAAUUACUCCUCAAAAGGAAUGUCCCAGUUGUAUGGGCCCUUCAACCCAAGGGAGGAAAUUCCAAAGAGUAGACGGUGCUAGAUGUUCUGAAAGAGCUCGCGUCUCGGAUACUUCGGCAAAACCCCUCUAUGCUCAAUGAACGAUGUGCUUCACUUACUGCAGCUCGAUGUCGUGAUGCAUGCUCGAUGGACGACUGGUUUAGUAU